CUCAGCUUCUGGCUCCAGAAGUUUCCAAAUUGGCGGCGGCAGCGCAAUGGCGGAUAAGCGAGUUUUCACAGAUGAAUUCAUAGCGGCGUGUCCGGAGAAAGCUUUGGAGGAGUUGAAUACAGCAGUGGAACAGGAUUUGGAUGUUGCAGAAUAUUAUUGCCAAAGAGCUUAUGCAAAUAUAUUGCUUCAGAGUUACAAAGAGGUUUUAAAAGAUGCCAGCAAAGCCCUCGAGCUGAAACCAAACUAUGCUUUAGCAUAUCUUAGAAAGGGAAUUGCAGAGUAUCAUCUAAAGAUGUAUCACUCGUCAAUGGAAUCUUUUACAAGAGGACAAGAACUAGAUGGAGAAAAUGCCAACUUUAACACUUGGAUCAAAACCUGCAAAGAAAACCUGGGUUCAAUGGCACAACAAGAUGGAAACACUGGAGAGACACUGAAGCAACAGACGGCAGCACGCAAAAUAAAACAUGAUUGGUACCAGACAGAUUCUCAUGUUAUCAUCACAGUAAUGAUCAAGAAUGCAAAUAAAGAAGAUGUGAAGGUUGAAUUUGCUGAAAAAAGUGUGAGUGCAUCAGUGAAGCUUUCAUCAGAAGAUGAAUAUAGCUUGAAACUUAAUCUUCUACAUCCUAUAAUAGCCCAGUGUUGUGCUGUCAAAGUGCUGGGAACAAAGAUUGAGAUAAAAAUGAAGAAGACUGAAGCUAUUCGAUGGGAAAAGCUGGAAGGAAUUGCACCAGAUGUAAAACACUUCAUGCCAGAGCAGCCUCAACCAUAUCCAUCCUCUUCUCACUACACAAAGAAUUGGGAUAAAUUGGUAAUGGAGAUAAAAAAGGAAGAGAAUGAAGAAAAACCAGAAGGAGAUGCUGCUCUAAACCAGCUUUUUCAGAAGAUUUAUGCAGAUGGGUCUGAUGAAGUAAAGCGUGCUAUGAACAAGUCAUUUACUGAAUCUGGAGGCACUGUUCUGAGCACAAAUUGGACAGAAGUAGGCAAAAAGACAGUGGCUGUGAAUCCCCCAGAUGAUAUGGAGUGGAAGAAACUUUGAAGACUGAUUUUUUUGUUGUUGUCAUUUUCCACGAUUAAUUCAACUUUAAGCGCAUACAAAUCUUAUGUUUGUUCCAGCACUGAUGUACUUGUCUUUUGCCUUAGCGUUAGAUGAUCUUUGCAUGGAUUGGAUGCAUUCUCUAGUCUAACAAUAGUAUUAGAAUAAAUUAAAGAUGUUUUCUUUACAGUUUUGGUUUUGAUUUUAAAAGAUGUGAAUUGUUUCCUACCACAGAAUAAAUUGACUAUAUAUCUAUAAAUGUUGUUGUUAUGUGUGUGAAUAGUGCUAUGUCAGUCUAAUCAUCUAGUUUUUCUUACGGAGUUGCAACAGAAUUUUUAAACACGAUACAUCCUGACAAUGAUACUCCAAUCCAAAUCAAACUGGCAUUGUUACACAAUUGCUAUCUUAUGUUUAAAAUAAUGUGAUAUUUUUUAAUUAUUAAAUGAAAGGUUGGUUAGGUAAAACCAAAAGUAAAAAUAAUAUAAAAUAUUCAAUAUUUUGAAUUGAAUGCGGUGGAUUCUAUUUUAUUGGGACCAAUAUAUUUUGGCCCAAUUAAGUGGUUCCCUCAAUUAGCCAAAGUUUCAUGAAAAUAGUUAAAAAAGACAAACUACUGUUUAACUGACUAGUAAUACAUUAUAUUUUUAAAUGAACAAAUUAGAACACUGUCAAUACUACUUCAGUACUAUAAAACUCUGUAUUAGUUCCUAAAACUUAUUGACAGAGAAAUUGACUGUAAAAAAAAACAAAAUCAGUGCAGACACCUUGUGCAAUUAAUGGACUGCUUUCAAAGAAUGCUAUCGACGAUUGCACCGUCCAGAUUUUCAUUAUAACAUGCAAGAUGAUUAUCAAUACCUUCAGAUUCUUCAUAGUCCUAACUUAUUGAAGUAGUGAAAUUGUUUAAUUUUCACUCUCAGCCAUUUCUGACAUCUCCAAAGCAAUGCACACAAAAUGCUGGAGGAAUUAAGCUGGUCAGGCAGCAUCAAUGCAAAAGAAUAAACAGCCAAUAUUUUGGGCUAAGACCCUCAAUCAGGAAGCCUGGAUGCUUGAAAUCUCGACGAGCAAAAUAGUUCCGAAUUGUCUUUAUAUUGCUCACCACCUGUCAGUGACAAAAUUAACUACUUUUUGAGCACAAGUGCAAUGGUCACAUGCUAGUUAGAAACUGGUUGGCAACAAUCUCCUGUCCCAAUUAAGCAGCAUAAUGUCCCAAAUAAAUGAAGGAAAUUGUGGCUAUUUUCUAAUUAAUUUUUGUUCUUUGUGCUGUCUCAAAUAAGUGGCUGUCUUGAUUAUCAGGAAUAAGCUGUAUUUUCUGAUGAAGUGUUUUUAAUGAGAUUUUGAUUUGGUUACUUGUGCUUCAUUUUUGCAUUCCAGGUUUGUUGACGAAAGUUAAUACAUUUACAAUGUCUAUGUGCUUUUUUUCAUGUUUUCAUUUAUAAUCCAGUAGAAAAUCUUGAGAACUUAGAGAUUAUUUUCUGUUUUGGCUAUUAUUUGUAAUGUGUUAAGCCAUGGUAAUUUAAUUAAGAUUUCUAUUUAUCAUAGUUUCUAAAAUAAGGAGAAAACAUGCAAAUUAUGCAUGUUCCUCAAGAUUUACAGCAUCUGCAGAAUAUAGUGUUUAUGUUACGCUAGAUGGCCAUUCAGUAAGAUCAUGGCUGAUUCAGUCAUGAUCUCAACACUGCUUGCCCAUGCUCUUCCUCUACCCACUGACUUAACUGUUUAAAUAUCUGUAGGUCACCUCCUUGAAUAUAUUCAAUGACUUCCUCUGUACAAAUCUUGAAGGUAGAGGAUUUCAGAGAUUUAUAACCCUCUGAAAGGCUAAAUUCCUCCUCAUCUCUAAAAUAGGAAGUCCCUGAAACUGCCUUCUUUGGAAGCUAGGAGAAACAUCCUCCCAGUAGUCACCCUGUUAAUCCUCCUCAGAAUCUUCCUUGCAUUAAAAAAAACUUUUUUAUAUACUUCAGUGACAGUAGUCCGAACUUAGCUCAAACCCAUUUUUUUGGGAACGUCAUUCAGCCAAAUAACCUUCUGUAUACUGCCUCCUUUGGAAGCACAUUAUUUCUUAAAUAUGGAGACCAAAACUCCAUGCAAUGUUGUAGGUUCGGUCUCAUAAGCAUCCUGUGAUGUUUCAAAAUUUUCCUAGUCAAUAAUAAUUAUCCACAGCAGUGAACAUAGUAGGGGCAAGGGGUAGGCCUUUUAAGCCUGUUCUUCUAUUUAGUAUCAUUCAAAUUCAUUGAUUCCUCCUCACCAGAUUCUCUGUUUUGCCUAAAAUUUUUGGGAGACUCUUUGUAUCCUUUUUGAUGAUUGAAUAAAGCCUUGAAUUUAAUUGGA